CGCGCGGCGCGGGCGGCGGGCGGGCGCUCCCCUCGCUGGCAGCGCUCGCUAAGAUGGCGGAUUUCCUGCCGUCCCGCUCCGCGCUGUCCGGCUGCUUCCCCGGCUGCCUCCUCACCAGCGGCGAGGCCGAGCAGCAGCGCAAGUCCAAGGAGAUCGACAAGUGCCUCAACCGCGAGAAGACCUACGUGAAGCGCCUCGUCAAGAUCCUGCUGCUGGGCGCGGGCGAGAGCGGCAAGUCCACCUUCCUUAAGCAGAUGCGGAUCAUCCACGGGCAGGACUGGGACCGCGCGGCCCGCGAGGAGUUCCGCGCCACCAUCUACAGCAACGUGAUCAAGGGUGUGCGAGUCCUCGUGGACGCCAGAGAGAAACUCCAUAUCCCUUGGGGAGAUCCUGCCAACCAGAGCAACGGGGACAAGGUGAUGGCUUUCGACACCCGCGCCGUCACCGUGGCGCAGGGCAUGGUGGAGACCCGUGUUUUUUUAGACUACCUGCCAGCCAUCCGAGCCCUGUGGGCAGACAGUGGCAUCCAGCACGCCUACGACAGGCGCAGGGAGUUCCAGCUGGGGGAAUCUGUAAAGUAUUUCUUGGACAACUUGGAUAAACUUGGAGAACAAGAUUACCUUCCCUCACAGCAAGACAUCCUGCUGGCACGAAGGCCCACCAAAGGGAUCCACGAGUACGACUUUGAAAUCAAAAAUGUCCCUUUCAAGAUGGUCGACGUGGGCGGCCAGAGGUCGGAACGGAAGCGGUGGUUCGAGUGCUUCGACAGUGUCACAUCGAUAUUGUUCCUCGUGUCCUCCAGUGAAUUCGACCAAGUGCUCAUGGAGGACCGGCAGACAAAUCGCCUCACGGAGUCCCUGAACAUUUUUGAAACAAUAGUCAACAACCGGGUGUUCAGCAACGUCUCCAUCAUCCUCUUCUUAAACAAGACGGACUUGCUCGAGGAAAAAGUACAGAAAGUCAGCAUCAAAGACUAUUUCCCAGAGUUUGAAGGGGAUCCCCACUGCUUAACAGAUGUCCAAAAAUUCCUGGUGGAUUGUUUUCGCACGAAACGCCGGGACCAGCAGCAGAAGCCCCUGUACCACCACUUCACCACUGCUAUUAACACAGAGAACAUCCGGCUAGUGUUCCGUGAUGUUAAGGAUACCAUCCUGCACGACAACCUCAAGCAGCUGAUGUUACAGUGAUGUGCAAAAAGACUGGUUUAUUUCAGUAACUCUCGUGUGUUGGUUUUUUUUUUUUUUUAACUAGAAGUUUACAGCAGGAGUAGAGAAAUCCAGAUCCUGUCAGACUUCUUGAUAUGUGGCUAAAAGCUGCUGCUGAACACAUUAUUGCCAAUUUCUGCAGAAAUUCAGGCUUAAUCUCUUCCAGUGUAGCUUCAAGUUGACUCAAGUUGUAAUUUUAUAGCAGACCUAUGUCUAAGUUACCUGUAAAGUGGUAAAUUUGACCUUUUACAAACAUAUGUAUUAUCCUAGAAAAUCCAGAAUUCCAAGUCAAAACUUCAAUGAAAUUGUUGCAAUUAUUAGACUGUGGCAGUAAUUUAAGGUGAGGGGGAGGGAAGAGAGAAACCUUUCACAUCUAACUUCAUUGUAAAGACUGUGAUACCAUAGCUGACUUAUGAUUUCUCAGGUCUAUUUUUGGUUAGAAAUCCCAUCAAAUCCCUUGCUGGAAUCAUCUCUUUGAAGUGUGAGUUCCUGGGUGUAAUGUACUUCCUGUGUAAGUACAAAUCAUGGCAUUGGGUUGGACUAGGAGAUGCUUUAAAAAUCUGUAAAAUCAGGAGUUUCAGACACAUGUAUCAGGAAGUGCUGAGUCCAGUGAGGAGGGAUUAGUGGUUGGCACAGUACACGGAUUCACUCCGGAGGCGUCCACACGUCCUGGAGCCAUGGCAAAGCACAGAGCACUCUGAUCAAUCCUCUUGGCAUGCUGGUGUGGGAAAGGGGGGAGCAAGCCCAGCUUGUGGUUUUUUAUCUUCACUGUCCAGAUGUUACCUGCAGGUAGCAGAUGUUACCUGCGGGUCACCUGUUCUGGAAGCGCUUUAACUUAGCACUGGUUUAUUUGAACUCCCUGCCUCCUUCCCAGGUGCCUCCUCUGAGUCAGGAGCGUUGGGUGAUGGAGAGAAGGACUUGCAAACCUAAGUGCCUCCUUGUGUUCUGUUCUCCUCUGGCAUUUUCAGUGGCCUUACAAAUUCCCAGCAGAGGCCUUGUGUAGCUGACACCUUGCAGAUGAAUGUUUAUUUCUGAAAAAACUUCAAGACUGUGUCCCAGCAGAAUGUGCUUCAGGUGAUGAGGUUCUUUCUGAGACUUUCCAGUUGGGUCUAAGCAAUCCUAAGUGUACUUGAGCCAAAUAUGUUACACAGCAUCUUCCAGAGUGCUGCCUGUGACUACUUUACCCAAAGUCUUUUUACAGUUUUGUUUAAUUUUCUUUUGGGGAGUUGUUAGCGUUUCCA